UUCCUGCCCGCUCCUGCCCCUUCCUGCCCGCCCGCAGGCCCUCCCAGACUCCAGCCAGCAGUGCCCGGCCGGAGGACCCCAGGCGAUGGCCUCAGACAUGCUGACCGCAGCAGGGGAGCCGGGGCCCGGGGCCCCCCAGCCCCCGGGGGCCCCCCAGCCCACCCACAUCAACGUGCACCUGUACCAGAAGUCGGGGGUGAAGCUCCUGCUGAGCAAAUGCUCCCUGCUGAACCCAGGGGCCCUGGGCGCCUCCCGCCGCGCCCCCGCUGGCCGGCUGCUGGUGGCCUCCUGGGUGGUGCAGAUGGUGCUGGGGGCCCUGAGCGGGGUCCUGGGGGGUCUUCUCUACCUGUACUACUACUCCGCCCUGCGUGGCACGGGAGCCGCCAUCUGGACGGGGGCCGUGGCUGUGCUGGCCGGAGCCGUCGCCUUCAUUUACGAGAACCGGGGCGGCAUCUUCUGGGCCUUCCUGAGGACGCUGCUGGCCCUGGCGGCCUUCUGCACCGCCGUCGCCGCCAUUGUCCUCGGGUCCGCUAACUUCUCAGAUAACGGCUACUUCUACAGUGAGAACUUCUGUAGCGGGAACCCCUGGAGGAGCUGGCCCACCCAGAGCCCCAUCACGGAGAGCCCCGAGGGGAGGAGGGAGCAGUGUCUCCAGCUGGUGGCCAUGGGGAAGGCCUUCUUCAUAAGCCUCAAGUCCGUGCUCCUGGGAGUCUGGGUCCUGCUGCUCCUGGCGUCUCUGACACCCCUGUACCUGCACUUCCAGAAGAGAUGCUUGUCCGAGAAGGAAAAAGCCCAGCAGCUGCUGCUGGGGAACGAGGGUGUCUAGCCGUACCCCGCCGUCGGUGCGCCCUCUGGACUCCGGGAGAAGAGCCAGACUGGGAAAAAGAGGAGCUGCUCCCACGGCGCCCACCCCGGGCCAGGCCGGGCCGCGGCCCGCGAGCCACCCCCCGCACCCCCCAGCGGCCGGCUGCUUCUUGCUCACCGCCAGCAUCCGCUUGGGCUUCACCCCCGCGCUCUGGGGGUAAUAAACUACCAUGGCACCACUGGGCUCUGCUUAGUUACCCCUGGGCUGCUGGCCAGAGGCAGCGGGGGGCAGUGCGCACCUGAGAUGUGCCUCUGCCCCCCGACCUCUGUCUGGGUCUGGAGCUGCUGGUCCCGGAACAGCCUCUCUGGUCUUUGGCCCUGGAUGUCUCCAGACGCCAAGGUCGAAGGAUGGUGACGACAGCGCUCGGAGCCCCGCGUCCUGCAGCUGAGCUCUAAGGGCGGACAUGGUGGCAACUGGGGCUGGGGCUGGCCUGGACUGUUUGGUGGCUAACAGAACGCCGCGUAAUGCAGUCACCAGCUCUGGAGAGGGCAGAGGAAGGAGUCCUGCUGGCGGGAAGGGCUGGGUGCAGAGAGCAGCAGGGAGCAGCCCGGGCGCCCCGCAGCCAGAGGGGGGCAGACACGCCUUCCCCAGCAACACACUGAGAGAGAGCCCCGGUAACUGUCCUUGAGUAAAGCACCUAGAACGUGAGUAUGAAGUUGCACUAACAGAAACUGAUAAAAUGGGAAUUGCGUCUUUUAACUCAUGAGUCAACUGUCAAGAAAAUGAGGGAAACCCUCAAAGUAGGAGUCUGAAUUCAGAGAGCUGAGUCUUGCAACGAGGGUCUGGCUGUUCGGUCAUCCCACCGCCACCCGGUGGCCCGUGGCCCCACUGACGGCCCCACGGGGCCCGGUAUAUCGCUGCAUUGACCGCUAAGUUGUAUUAAGGCAAAAGAAUCCACAUGUAUUAGGCGGACCCUGGAGGAAACAGGUGCCAACUUCCCGUUCCCCCACCAGGCAGGACGUGGGUGCAGUGUCAGGCCUGGGGAGUCCAUUGGAGACUCAGAGCCCAGGGCUGUCCAGGGGCUGGGCACGCCCCUCGCUGCCUACAGAAUGCAGCAAACCCGAAGCAAAGCAGGCGCCCACACGGUCGCCUUGUGCGCAAACAGCCCAGCCAGGCUGAUGCGGUGGAAUUCACCCUCCACAGGAUGAAACGAGCUUUGUGCAGGGACCCCAAAGCCUAAGUGCACAGAGCCAGACCUCGUGAAGAGUGUUCACACUUCACACCCCCAGGGCACCAGCCGGCCGCUGGCUACUCACAGUGCACUCGACAACCUGCUGAAGACAGCCGACCAGGCCCGGAGCCACGAAGUUAGGGAGUCACAGUAGUGUACCCCGAAAAAUCCGCAAUCUCGGGGGACAGUCGGGGAGGAAACCCACUGCACCUAUCCAAGGGCGUGACACAUUAACUCUUGCGGAAGAGUGAAAUGAGGAUCAAUGAGCAUGCUGAGCAGUCGUGCAAUUGAGUUCCCACCACCCAGAUGAGCCAAACUCAGAAAAGGCCACGUCCCCGAGACAGUGACCCCGGGCGCCGCAGGCCGACACAGCGAGAGCAGGAGACAAGUUUCAGGGAUGGCAGUUCUGGCGCAGGUGGGCAAGGAUCGGCGAUGAGUGACACACAGACACGGCUUCUAGGCGUGCGUAUCUGAGUGCGUUCAAUUGUUAAGAGUGCGGAGCAUUUAUACAAUUUUUCUUGGCAAGCAAAUGCAGGGAUACAAGGAUUCUUUUAAUAGAAGCGUGACAGGUAGUACAUUUUCUUAUUGUUUCUGAGAUGUGGUCAGGGGCCCGAAACCAACUUGAGGCCCUAGGAAACCACCCCAUCUUCAAGGUUCAGUGGUGCCAAACAAAUGCCCUAUCUACCACCUGUGCCUUGAUAAUCCUUCUAAUUGCGCUCUCCAUUCUUUUCACAAGCCACCUGGUGUACAGGAGUUAAUGGCUUAAUAGAAUUAAAGAUUGUAGAGGAGUUUCUCAGAGUUAAAUCAGUAUCGAGAACAGAGGAAGUUACAUUCCUUUCAAGAGUAUCAUUAGAACGAAGCAAAAUAUCCAUAACAUUUUUUGGUUCAGUGCAUUGUGCGUCAACAGAAUCAGGAAACAAAUCAAAAAGUACAGUGACCUUUCGAGAAUCAGCCAUCCUUCUAUUCCUGGAGGGUCACGUAUUCCUCCCGUGUGCCCAGUACCGUGACCGUGCCAAGCUCUAAGGAUUUUCUCACUUACGUGCCGCGGGAGGGGACGUGGCACCCAGGUCCCCUCAGAAAUAAAUGCAUACGCUGUCUGCAGAAAUUCACCUUCACUUUAGGCCUCAAGUGAUCCUUCAAAAUACUGUUUUUUCCAAAGGGAAAAAAUACAUAAA